AUGGAGAUAAGGAGAGAUCAUGAGAUUGAGGACAUGUCUUUGUCACCACAAAGUAUGGGGUCCAUGCAGAUUGCAGGAAGCAAUGGCUUUGGUCACGGCAUAGAGUUUAUGUCUCAAGCAUAUCUUCGGAAUAGGUAUUCCGAGAUUGACAUCGAAAACGAGAAUUCUAAUACGGGAAAUGACCGUCCUCUUCCGGUUUUCCUCAAGUUUGAAGAUGUGAAGUUUAAGGUGAGAAUUAGACAAGCUACUUCGAACCCGGUCAAAGCAGUGGUAUCUAAGGUCUCUUCACAGCUGAAUACGGAUGAAGACAAUCACAAGCAUAUUCUAAAGGGCAUAACGGGAUGCAUUGGCCCCGGCGAAAUUCUCGCUUUGAUGGGGCCUUCCGGAAGUGGCAAGACAACCUUGUUGAAAGUGAUUGGAGGGAGACUACUUGAAGAAAAUGUCAAAGGAAAAAUCACUUACAAUGACAUACCCUAUAACCAAGCUCUUAAAAGGAGGAUUGGAUUUGUGACACAAGAUGAUGUACUAUUUCCACAGCUAACGGUGGAAGAAACUCUAGUUUUUUCGGCUUUUUUGCGGCUUCCGAGCAACAUGAGCUCCCAAGAGAAAUAUCAAAGAGUGGAGAUGAUUAUUAAGGAGCUAAACCUUGAAAGAUGUCGUCACACAAGAAUAGGUGGAGGAUUUGUCAAAGGAGUAUCCGGGGGAGAAAGGAAAAGAACAAGCAUUGGUUAUGAAAUUCUUGUGGAUCCUUCAUUGUUAUUGCUUGAUGAGCCAACUUCCGGCCUUGAUUCGACCGCCGCAAAUAGACUCCUUAUGAUUCUCCAAGGACUUGCCAAGGCGGGAAGGACAAUAAUCACCACAAUCCACCAGCCAUCAAGCAGAAUGUUUCACAUGUUUAACAAGCUUUUGCUAAUAUCAGACGGCUAUCCGGUUUACUAUGGAAAGGCCAGAGGAUCCAUGGAAUACUUCUCUUCCCUUCGAUUUGUCCCCGAGAUACCGAUGAACCCUGCAGAGUUUCUGCUUGAUUUGGCCACUGGACAAGUCAAUGACAUCAGUGUUCCCGAAGAUCUCUCGAUAUCUCGAGGCUCUCCUGACUUUGAGAAAGCUGUAGUAAAAUAUCUACAACUCAAGUACAAGACUCAACUGGAGCCAAAAGAGAAAGAAGAGAACCAUCGAUCAACAAAGACCCCGGAACAUCUUCAAGUGGCUAUUAAAGUCAAGAAGGAUUGGAGUUUGAGUUGGUGGGAUCAGUUUUUCAUUUUGUCUAAAAGAACAUUCAGAGAAAGGUGGAGGGAUUAUUUUGAUAAGCUAAGACUGGUUCAAGCAGUUGGAGUUGCAGUCUUGUUGGGUCUUCUUUGGUGGAAGUCCAAGACCGAUACCGAGGCACAUCUUCGAGAUCAGGUUGGUUUGAUGUUCUACACCUGCAUUUUCUGGACAUCCUCGUCGAUAUUCGGAUCGGUAUAUGUGUUUCCAUUCGAGAAGAUCUACUUGGUGAAAGAAAGGAAAGCGGACAUGUAUAGGCUAAGUGUGUACUAUGUCUGCAGCACACUUUGUGACAUGAUAGCACAUGUUUUCUAUCCCACAUUUUUCAUGAUCAUUCUUUACUUCAUGGCCGGCUUCAAGAGAACUGUCCCUUGCUUCUUUCUCACAUUAUUUGCAAUACUUUUGGUAGCCGUCACAAGCCAAGGAGCAGGAGAACUAUUUGGAGCUGCAGUUUUGAGCGUUAAAAGAGCUGGGAUGAUUGCCUCUUUGGUGCUAAUGUUGUUUCUUCUCACAGGAGGCUAUUAUGUCCAGCACAUACCGAUAUUUAUGCAGUGGCUGAAGUACAUAUCGUUCAUGUACUAUGGCUUUAGACUUCUAUUGAAAGUGCAAUAUUCUGGGGACCAACUAUAUGAGUGUGAAGGCAAAGGAGGCUGCAGACCUCUUCAGAGCUCCCCUUCCUUCGACACAGUAAAUCUCAAUGGUGGCUUGCAAGAAGUUUGGGUUUUGUUGGCCAUGGCAUUGGGCUAUCGCUUGUGUGCUUACUUUUGCCUUCGUAAGAGAAUAAAUAUAUAUAUAUAG